CACCUCUGAGAUGCUGGGAGCACUUCAGAACUGCAGUUUCUCUCAUAGCAGCCGAGGCUGAAUGCUCGCCGGUGCAGAGCUGGGACUUCAUCCGAGCACCCUCUGGGACGGUGUUUCAAAGGCCUGAGACCAUAAAAAUAAGCCUUCCACUGCUGUUGGAUCUUGGAUUUUGGAACAACGGGCUGUCCACAUACUCACAAGGAAACUGAAAGCCCUUUAGGUCAAAAUGGACUCCAACCUUCAGGACGGCAAAAUCAAGCAAAAUGGCUCCAAAGAAGUCCGUGAGCCUGUGGCUGGGAUAUUUCUGGAGAAAACAAAGACAAAGAUAACCAUCUAUCAAGCCAUGAAAAAGCGUCUCAUUAAGUCAGGGACAGCACUGGCUCUGCUUGAAGCUCAAGCUGCCACAGUAGGUAUAAUAGACCCGAUAAACAACCGAAAGCUUCCUGUCAAAGAGGCUGUUAAAGAGGGAGUAGUUGGACCAGAGAUGAAAGACAGGCUCCUCACAGCGGAGAAAGCCAUCAGUGGGUAUGCAGACCCCUACACCAACCAAAUGUUAUCUGUAUUCCAAGCCAUGCAAAAAGAUUUAAUUCCAAUAGAUUAUGGAUUGAGGCUGCUGGAAGCACAGAUAGCCACACGAGGUCUGUUUGAUCCUGCUGACAAGACAAACAUUUCAGUCGACUCCGCGAUUCAAAAGGGUUGCUACGAAAAAGAUUUGCUGAAUGACCAGAUGUCAGAGCUCAAAGUGUUUUAUCAUCCAACCUUGCAACAAAAUCUUAACUACAGAAGCCUCCAAGAGCAAUGCACUGUGGAGCCUGAUACAGGCCUGUUGCUCCUUCCUGUCUGCAUCACCUUCAAAGGUCUGCGCAGAGGCAUUUCCUCCACCGAGCUUCUUGAAUCAAAGAUCAUUGACAAAGAAACAUUUGAUGACCUACAAAAGGGGAACACCACAACACAAGAGGUGAUGUUGAUGGAAACAGUAAAAGAAUACCUGGAAGGCAAAGGCAGCAUUGCAGGCAUUGCUAUACUCUCAACCAAUCAGAGAAUGAGCAUUUAUCAAGCCAUGAAGCAAGGCAUACUGAUGCCUGGGACAUCACUGGUUCUCUUGGAGGCACAGGCCGCUACUGGGUUCAUGAUAGAUCCUGUAAAAAAUAAAAAGUACACUGUGGAUGAAGCUGUCAAAAGCAAACUUAUUGGCCCAGAAUAUCACGCAAAGCUGCUUUCUGCAGAGCGAGCAGUAACUGGAUACAAAGACCCAUACAACGGUGAAACUAUAUCCCUGUUUCAAGCACUGUCAAAAGACCUCAUCGUCAAAGAACAUGGAAUCCGCCUACUUGAAGCACAAAUUGCUACCGGGGGAAUAAUUGAUCCAAUCAACAGCCACAGACUUCCUACAGAAGUGGCUUUCGAGAGAGGCUAUUUUGAUAAACAAAUGAAUGCCAUACUGGAGGAUUCAGGAGACGACACUAAAGGCUUUUUUGACCCAAACACAAAAGAAAAUCUAACCUAUCUUCAGCUGAUGGAAAGGUGUGUCUCUGAUCCUGCCACUGGACUGUGCCUCCUCCCUCUACAUGAUAAAUCAGAUGGGCUGAAUUUCAGUUUCAUUGACUACCAAACCAAAAUGGCCUUCAAGGCAGAGAAGGUGAAAGUGACAUAUGGGAAAUACACAGGAAUGACAGUAUCUCUGUGGGAACUGCUGAUGUCAGAGUACUUUGAUGAAAACCAGCGGCAAGACAUCUUUAAAAAAUACAGAGAGGGGAAGCUCACCAUCAAGAUGAUCAUUACAACAGUUCUGGAAGUCAUAGAAAAGUCUGUGAAAACAACUGAAGUUGUCUUUGAAGGCAUCAGAGACACCGUUACAGCCAAGCAGCUCGUGGAAGCAGAUAUCAUUAGUCAGGAGGUCCUAGAGGACCUGAAGAAGGGAAAAAAGUCAGUAAAGGAUGUGAUUGAAGAUGAAAAUGUAAACGUGUACUUGAAAGGGAAAGACAGCAUUGCAGGUAUUCUGCUUCCUGAUUCUCAAAUCAUGACCAUCUAUCAGGCCAAACAGAAAGGAAAACUGAUGCCCGGAACGGCACUGAUUCUACUGGAGGCACAGGCAGCAACGGGGUUCAUUAUUGACCCUAUUGGAAACAGAAAGUUUUCAGUGGAUGACGCUGUCAAAGCAAAGAUCGUGGGGCCUGAUGUCUGUCAAAAGCUACGCUCAGCAGAGAAAGCAGUCACUGGAUACAAAGAUCCAUACACUGGAAAAACAAUUUCUUUGUUCCAAGCAAUGCAAAAAGACCUCAUCCUAAAAGACCAUGGCAUUCGGCUCCUGGAGGCACAAAUUGCUACCGGCGGGAUCAUCGACCCAGUGAACAGCCAUCGAAUACCUGUCCACGUGGCCUAUAAGAAGGGGUACUUUAACAAAGAAAUGAAUCAGAUCCUGGAUGAUCCAAGUGACGACACCAAGGGAUUCUUUGACCCCAACACCCAGGAGAACCUGACAUAUUUGCAGCUCAUGGCCAGAUGUGUUACAGAUCCCAGUACAGGCCUGUGCCUCUUACCUCUCAAAGGAAAGAGCAGCAAAAUAAAGAUAGAUGAUAAUAUUAGGGAACUGUUCAAAACAACAAUAGUUACUGUCAAGUACGGUAGGUUCAAGGGCAAGCACACAACACUGUGGGAUCUUAUCAACUCAGAGUAUCUGUCUGAGGACAAACGACAGGAAUUUUUCAAGCUCUUCAGGUCAAAGAAAAUCACAAUUCAGCAGCUCACUGAAACCAUUGUAGAGAUCAUUGAGAGUAAGGAGAUAAGACAGCAAGAAGGACUGAAGUUUAAAGGUCUCAGAGGAGAAGUCUCUGCCGUGGAUCUUUUGGAUCUUGAAAUUGUGGAUGAAAACACAUACAAAAGCUUGAUCACUGGAAACAUGACAAGCACUGAUGUGAUGAAAAUGGACAAUGUGAGAGCCUACCUACAAGGCAAAAGUUGUGUAGCUGGUUUGACACUGCAACCCUCCAAUCAGAAAAUAAGCAUCUAUGAAGCACAGAGAAUUGGCCUUCUUACACCCGGCACCGCCCUUUGCCUCCUUGAAGCACAAGCAGCUACAGGAUUCAUUGUUGAUCCUCUGAAUAACAAAAAACUUACAGUUGAACAAUCUCUCAAAGAAAAUCUGAUUAGUCCACAGAUGUACGAAAAACUUUUGUCUGCAGAGAGAGCUGUCACUGGUUACAAAGAUCCGUACACAGGUCAAAAGAUCUCACUUUUCCAAGCCUUGAAAAAGGAUCUCAUUGUCAAGCAGCAUGGCAUCCGUUUACUCGAGGCCCAGAUUGCUACAGGUGGUAUCAUUGAUCCCAUAAAGUGCCUCCACUUACCCCUUGAAGUUGCAUACAGGAAGGGAUAUUUUGAUGCAGAACUUAAUCAAAUCCUAACAGACCCAACUGAUGACACAAAGGGCUUUUUUGACCCAAAGACACAAGAAAAUCUGACAUACAUGGAGAUGUUGGGCAGAUGCAUGAAAGAUAAGGAAACCGGACUGUUCCUCCUGCCGCUAAAUGACAAACCAAAAGCUACAGCAACAAAGGAAAAGCUGUAUACUGACACAGAGAUCAGGAAGGAGUUUGAAAAGACAAGUGUCAGAAUAUCUGUAGGACACUAUUCUGGAAAAUCUGUUACUCUAUGGGACUUGAUUCACUCUGGCUACUUCACCGAGGAUCAGCGGCUUGAACUGAUUGAAAAAUACAGAACGAGGCAGAUUAGCACACAAACCAUAAUCACAUUAGUGAUCACCACAAUAGAAAAACUGGAGAAGACUGAAACUCCCAAAUUCCAUGGAAUCAGGAAGGAUGUGUCUGCUAUUGAGCUGCUUGAAUCUAAAAUCAUUGACGAGAACCUCUACAAAAGUCUUAGUGCUGGAAAAGUUACAGUGACAGAAGUAAGUGAAAUGGACUCAGUGCGUAAGUACCUUGAGGGAACCAACAGCAUUGCAGGAGUGUAUAUCCAGUCCACCCAAAAGACCAUGAGCAUCUAUGAAGCUAAAAGCAAAGGUCUGCUGACUCCUGGUACCUCUCUGGUUCUGCUGGAGGCCCAGGCUGCCACUGGCUUUAUCAUUGACCCAGUCAACAACAAGAAACUUUCUGUAGAGGAAGCUGUUGCUCAAAGUGUGGUUGGCAGAGAGUGGAAAGACAAACUGCUUUCAGCUGAGAGAGCAGUGACAGGAUACAAAGAUCCCUACACUGGACAAACAAUUUCACUGUUCCAGGCCUUGAAAAAAGAUCUCAUCGUCAAAGAUCACGGCAUCCGUCUUCUUGAAGCUCAAAUUGCAACAGGAGGCAUAAUUGACCCGGUGCACAGUCACAGAGUGCCUGUACAGGUGGCAUAUGAAAGGGGUUACUUUGAUGAAGAAAUGAACCACAUUUUAUCUGAUCCUGAUGAUGACACCAAGGGCUUCUUUGACCCCAACACUCAAGAGAACCUCACGUAUCUCCAGCUUGUUGAGAGGUGUAUUACAGAUCCCAUCACAGGCCUCAGUUUACUAGUCAUUGUCAAAAAAGGAGAGUAUUAUUUCUUUGUAGAUGAGGCAACAAAACGUAUUCUGAAGUCUAAGACAACAACCAAAGCCGGAGGGAAAUACAGAGGAACAACAGUGUCUCUGUGGGAUCUGCUCUACUCCAAAUACAUCACUGAGGAGAAACGGAGGGACCUAGUCCAACAGUACAAGGCAGGAUCAAUCACAAUUGAGCGCUUUUUGGAAAUCAUCCUGACAAUCGUUGAGCAGCAUACGAAAGACACAACAACUUCAUCAUCUUCAUCAAUCGUCAUGAGUCAACCACCAGAAACAAAAGUGGACAGUAGCACAGCAAAAACUACCAUCACCACAACAAUCACAGAGACUACUCAAAUUGAAAAGUUCCAUGGAAUCAGGAAGGAUGUGUCUGCUAUUGAGCUGCUUGAAUCUAAAAUCAUUGACGAGAACCUCUACAAAAGUCUUAGUGCUGGAAAAGUUACAGUGACAGAAGUAAGUGAAAUGGACUCAGUGCGUAAGUACCUUGAGGGAACCAACAGCAUUGCGGGAGUGUAUAUCCAGUCCACCCAAAAGACCAUGAGCAUCUAUGAAGCUAAAAGCAAAGGUCUGCUGACUCCUGGUACCUCUCUGGUUCUGCUGGAGGCCCAGGCUGCCACUGGCUUUAUCAUUGACCCAGUCAACAACAAGAAACUUUCUGUAGAGGAAGCUGUUGCUCAAAGUGUGGUUGGCAGAGAGUGGAAAGACAAACUGCUUUCAGCUGAGAGAGCAGUGACAGGAUACAAAGAUCCCUACACUGGACAAACAAUUUCACUGUUCCAGGCCUUGAAAAAAGAUCUCAUCGUCAAAGAUCACGGCAUCCGUCUUCUUGAAGCUCAAAUUGCAACAGGAGGCAUAAUUGACCCGGUGCACAGUCACAGAGUGCCUGUACAGGUGGCAUAUGAAAGGGGUUACUUUGAUGAAGAAAUGAACCACAUUUUAUCUGAUCCUGAUGAUGACACCAAGGGCUUCUUUGACCCCAACACUCAAGAGAACCUCACGUAUCUCCAGCUUGUUGAGAGGUGUAUUACAGAUCCCAUCACAGGCCUCAGUUUACUAGUCAUUGUCAAAAAAGGAGAGUAUUAUUUCUUUGUAGAUGAGGCAACAAAACGUAUUCUGAAGUCUAAGACAACAACCAACGCCGGAGGGAAAUACAGAGGAACAACAGUGUCUCUGUGGGAUCUGCUCUACUCCAAAUACAUCACUGAGGAGAAACGGAGGGACCUAGUCCAACAGUACAAGGCAGGAUCAAUCACAAUUGAGCGCUUUUUGGAAAUCAUCCUGACAAUCAUUGAGCAGCAUACGAAAGACACAACAACUUCAUCAUCUUCAUCAAUCGUCAUGAGUCAACCACCAGAAACAAAAGUGGACAGUAGCACAGCAAAAACUACCAUCACCACAACAAUCACAGAGACUACUCAAAUUGAAAAGUUCCAUGGAAUCAGGAAGGAUGUGUCUGCUAUUGAGCUGCUUGAAUCUAAAAUCAUUGACGAGAACCUCUACAAAAAUCUUAGUGCUGGAAAAGUUACAGUGACAGAAGUAAGUGAAAUGGACUCAGUGCGUAAGUACCUUGAGGGAACCAACAGCAUUGCAGGAGUGUAUAUCCAGUCCACCCAAAAGACCAUGAGCAUCUAUGAAGCUAAAAGCAAAGGUCUGCUGCCUCCUGGUACCUCUCUGGUUCUGCUGGAGGCCCAGGCUGCCACUGGCUUUAUCAUUGCCCCAGUCAACAACAAGAAACUUUCUGUAGAGGAAGCUGUUGCUCAAAGUGUGGUUGGCAGAGAGUGGAAAGUCAAACUGCUUUCAGCUGAGAGGGCAGUGACAGGAUACAAAGAUCCCUACACUGGACAAACAAUUUCACUGUUCCAGGCCUUGAAAAAAGAUCUCAUCGUCAAAGAUCACGGCAUCCGUCUUCUUGAAGCUCAAAUUGCAACAGGAGGCAUAAUUGACCCGGUGCACAGUCACAGAGUGCCUGUACAGGUGGCAUAUGAAAGGGGUUACUUUGAUGAAGAAAUGAACCACAUUUUAUCUGAUCCUGAUGAUGACACCAAGGGCUUCUUUGACCCCAACACUCAAGAGAACCUCACGUAUCUCCAGCUGGUUGAGAGGUGUAUUACAGAUCCCAUCACAGGCCUCAGUUUACUAGUCAUUGUCAAAAAAGGAGAGUAUUAUUUCUUUGUAGAUGAGGCAACAAAACGUAUUCUGAAGUCUAAGACAACAACCAAAGCCAGAGGGAAAUACAGAGGAACAACAGUGUCUCUGUGGGAUCUGCUCUACUCCAAAUACAUCACUGAGGAGAAACGGAGGGACCUAGUCCAACAGUACAAGGCAGGAUCAAUCACAAUUGAGCGCUUUUUGGAAAUCAUCCUGACAAUCAUUGAGCAGCAUACGAAAGACACAACUUCAUCAUCUUCAUCAAUCAUCAUGAGUCAACCACCAGAAACAAAAGUGGACAGUAGCACAGCAAAAACUACCAUCACCACAACAAUCACAGAGACUACUCAAAUUGAAAAGUUCCAUGGAAUCAGGAAGGAUGUGUCUGCUAUUGAGCUGCUUGAAUCUAAAAUCAUUGACGAGAACCUCUACAAAAAUCUUAGUGCUGGAAAAGUUACAGUGACAGAAGUAAGUGAAAUGGACUCAGUGCGUAAGUACCUUGAGGGAACCAACAGCAUUGCAGGAGUGUAUAUCCAGUCCACCCAAAAGACCAUGAGCAUCUAUGAAGCUAAAAGCAAAGGUCUGCUGACUCCUGGUACCUCUCUGGUUCUGCUGGAGGCCCAGGCUGCCACUGGCUUUAUCAUUGACCCAGUCAACAACAAGAAACUUUCUGUAGAGGAAGCUGUUGCUCAAAGUGUGGUUGGCAGAGAGUGGAAAGACAAACUGCUUUCAGCUGAGAGAGCAGUGACAGGAUACAAAGAUCCCUACACUGGACAAACAAUUUCACUGUUCCAGGCCUUGAAAAAAGAUCUCAUCGUCAAAGAUCACGGCAUCCGUCUUCUUGAAGCUCAAAUUGCAACAGGAGGCAUAAUUGACCCGGUGCACAGUCACAGAGUGCCUGUACAGGUGGCAUAUGAAAGGGGUUACUUUGAUGAAGAAAUGAACCACAUUUUAUCUGAUCCUGAUGAUGACACCAAGGGCUUCUUUGACCCCAACACUCAAGAGAACCUCACGUAUCUCCAGCUGGUUGAGAGGUGUAUUACAGAUCCCAUCACAGGCCUCAGUUUACUAGUCAUUGUCAAAAAAGGAGAGUAUUAUUUCUUUGUAGAUGAGGCAACAAAACAUAUUCUGAAGUCUAAGACAACAACCAACGCCGGAGGGAAAUACAGAGGAACAACAGUGUCUCUGUGGGAUCUGCUCUACUCCAAAUACAUCACUGAGGAGAAACGGAGGGACCUAGUCCAACAGUACAAGGCAGGAUCAAUCACAAUUGAGCGCUUUUUGGAAAUCAUCCUGACAAUCAUUGAGCAGCAUACGAAAGACACAACAACUUCAUCAUCUUCAUCAAUCGUCAUGAGUCAACCACCAGAAACAAAAGUGGACAGUAGCACAGCAAAAACUACCAUCACCACAACAAUCACAGAGACUACUCAAAUUGAAAAGUUCCAUGGAAUCAGGAAGGAUGUGUCUGCUAUUGAGCUGCUUGAAUCUAAAAUCAUUGACGAGAACCUCUACAAAAGUCUUAGUGCUGGAAAAGUUACAGUGACAGAAGUAAGUGAAAUGGACUCAGUGCGUAAGUACCUUGAGGGAACCAACAGCAUUGCGGGAGUGUAUAUCCAGUCCACCCAAAAGACCAUGAGCAUCUAUGAAGCUAAAAGCAAAGGUCUGCUGACUCCUGGUACCUCUCUGGUUCUGCUGGAGGCCCAGGCUGCCACUGGCUUUAUCAUUGACCCAGUCAACAACAAGAAACUUUCUGUAGAGGAAGCUGUUGCUCAAAGUGUGGUUGGCAAAGAGUGGAAAAACAAACUGCUUUCAGCUGAGAGGGCAGUGACAGGAUACAAAGAUCCCUACACUGGACAAACAAUUUCACUGUUCCAGGCCUUGAAAAAAGAUCUCAUCGUCAAAGAUCACGGCAUCCGUCUUCUUGAAGCUCAAAUUGCAACAGGAGGCAUAAUUGACCCGGUGCACAGUCACAGAGUGCCUGUACAGGUGGCAUAUGAAAGGGGUUACUUUGAUGAAGAAAUGAACCACAUUUUAUCUGAUCCUGAUGAUGACACCAAGGGCUUCUUUGACCCCAACACUCAAGAGAACCUCACGUAUCUCCAGCUUGUUGAGAGGUGUAUUACAGAUCCCAUCACAGGCCUCAGUUUACUAGUCAUUGUCAAAAAAGGAGAGUAUUAUUUCUUUGUAGAUGAGGCAACAAAACGUAUUCUGAAGUCUAAGAUAACAACCAAAGCCGGAGGGAAAUACAGAGGAACAACAGUGUCUCUGUGGGAUCUGCUCUACUCCAAAUACAUCACUGAGGAGAAACGGAGGGACCUAGUCCAACAGUACAAGGCAGGAUCAAUCACAAUUGAGCGCUUUUUGGAAAUCAUCCUGACAAUCAUUGAGCAGCAAACAAAAGACACAACAACUUCAUCAUCUUCAUCAAUCGUCAUGAGUCAACCACCAGAAACAAAAGUGGACAGUAGCACAGCAAAAACUACCAUCACCACAACAAUUACAGAGACUACUCAAACUGAAAAGUUCCAUGGAAUCAGGAAGGAUGUCUCUCUAACUGAGCUGCUUGAAUCUAAAAUCAUUGAUGAGAACCUCUACAAAGAUCUCAGUGCUGGAAAAGUUACAGUGGCAGAAGUAAGUGAAAUGGACUCAGUGCGCAAGUACCUUGAGGGAACCAACAGCAUUGCGGGAGUGUAUAUCCAGUCCACCCAAGAGACCAUGAGCAUCUAUGAAGCUAAAAGCAAAGGUCUGCUGACUCCUGGUACCUCUCUGGUUCUGCUGGAGGCCCAGGCUGCCACUGGCUUUAUCAUUGACCCAGUCAACAACAAGAAACUUUCUGUAGAGGAAGCUGUUGCUCAACUAGUUGUUGGCAGAGACUGGAAAGACAAACUGCUUUCAGCUGAGAGGGCAGUGACAGGAUACAAAGAUCCCUACACUGGACAAACAAUUUCACUGUUCCAGGCCUUGAAAAAAGAUCUCAUCGUCAAAGAUCACGGCAUCCGUCUUCUUGAAGCUCAAAUUGCAACAGGAGGCAUAAUUGACCCGGUGCACAGUCACAGAGUGCCUGUACAGGUGGCAUAUGAAAGGGGUUACUUUGAUGAAGAAAUGAACCACAUUUUAUCUGAUCCUGAUGAUGACACCAAGGGCUUCUUUGACCCCAACACUCAGGAGAACCUCACGUAUCUCCAGCUGGUUGAGAGGUGUAUAAAAGAUCCCAUCACAGGCCUCAGUUUACUAGUCAUUGUCAAAAAAGGAGAGUAUUAUUUCUUUGUAGAUGAGGCAACAAAACGUAUUCUGAAGUCUAAGACAACAACCAAAGCCGGAGGGAAAUACAGAGGAACAACAGUGUCUCUGUGGGAUCUGCUCUACUCCAAAUACAUCACUGAGGAGAAACGGAGGGACCUAGUCCAACAGUACAAGGCAGGAUCAAUCACAAUUGAGCGCUUUUUGGAAAUCAUCCUGACAAUCAUUGAGCAGCAUACGAAAGACACAACAACUUCAUCAUCUUCAUCAAUCGUCAUGAGUCAACCACCAGAAACAAAAGUGGACAGUAGCACAGCAAAAACUACCAUCACCACAACAAUCACAGAGACUACUCAAAUUGAAAAGUUCCAUGGAAUCAGGAAGGAUGUGUCUGCUAUUGAGCUGCUUGAAUCUAAAAUCAUUGACGAGAACCUCUACAAAAAUCUAAGUGCUGGAAAAGUUACAGUUACAGAAGUAAGUGAAAUGGACUCAGUGCGUAAGUACCUUGAGGGAACCAACAGCAUUGCAGGAGUGUAUAUCCAGUCCACCCAAAAGACCAUGAGCAUCUAUGAAGCUAAAAGCAAAGGUCUGCUGACUCCUGGUACCUCUCUGGUUCUGCUGGAGGCCCAGGCUGCCACUGGCUUUAUCAUUGACCCAGUCAACAACAAGAAACUUUCUGUAGAGGAAGCAGUUGCUCAAAGAGUGGUUGGCAAAGAGUGGAAAAACAAACUGCUUUCAGCUGAGAGGGCAGUGACAGGAUACAAAGAUCCCUACACUGGACAAACAAUUUCACUGUUCCAGGCCUUGAAAAAAGAUCUCAUCGUCAAAGAUCACGGCAUCCGUCUUCUUGAAGCUCAAAUUGCAACAGGAGGCAUAAUUGACCCGGUGCACAGUCACAGAGUGCCUGUACAGGUGGCAUAUGAAAGGGGUUACUUUGAUGAAGAAAUGAACCACAUUUUAUCUGAUCCUGAUGAUGACACCAAGGGCUUCUUUGACCCCAACACUCAAGAGAACCUCACGUAUCUCCAGCUGGUUGAGAGGUGUAUUAUAGAUCCCAUCACAGGCCUCAGUUUACUCCCACUGAAGAAGUGAAUACUCUAAUCCACUCACUAUUACAUAAAGUAAUACCUUCUCUCUUACUUCCAAUAUUUUUUAAGGUGUGUUUAAAGUUGUGGAGAAGCCGUUCUGUGAGCUUCUCUUGAACAGUGAACCAAGUGGUUGAAACCUUUGCUUCUAUGCUGUAAUUUUUGUUGUUUAAAACUUAAUUACCAAAAACUUAGUAUUUUUUUUUCAUAUUAAGAAGUCUUAGAAACGACUUACCAAACUGGAAUCCAACAUUAUUAGUCCACUGAAAUAAAUGAUAGAAUGUGCUUGAAACAACUAAUAUAACCUCAGUUUUCACAUUCAAUUCACACGAUGUGAAAAAUAAAUUAAAACCUGUUUUCAUAGAAGUCAAAUGAUACCACAAGCCUCUCCAUAUCUUUACCUAAUUCAGUCUUGGACUACAUUUUUGAUUUUCAAUGUCUUUUCUAUGGUUUAAUGUUUUUAUGUUGCUGUGGGAACUAUAAUUUUGUUCUACACUCAUGUAAACAGUUUGAGUCUUAAUUCACCUAAACCCGCAGCACUGUGUUAAGUUUGGGCAAAUGUUGUAUGUAGUUUUGCUGGGUCUUUUUUCUCUUCACCUAGACCCCUGUCAAAGUUUUUUUUACUCUAUCAUAUCGCCCAAUAAAUGAGUGAGCUAUGAAUACUA